UCCACUUGGGCCCCACACUGCCCACACCUCUUUGUUAGCUUUCUCCCCUGACCCCUCUACUGCAAUUCCAAAGCAACCAUCUCCCCCACAAGUAUCUUUCUUCACUAUGUUUCUUUAACCAUUGAAUUUCCCUGAUUGUAGUUUAUGCAGGCAAAGGCAAAUUACAUCAGUAAAUACCUCUGCACCUGAUUUGCAGCUGACCCUCUGGUUUUUAUGAGAUUGGCUUCUUGUGCGUAGGUUGAUCUUGGGUAGUUGUGGAAUGUUAACUUUUUAGGAAAUGACUGGUUUUGCUAGUUGGCUAGUUUUUGGUUUCUAAUGUUUGAACUUGUCCGAAGAUUUUCUAUUUUAAAGUAGGUUGAUUUUGGAGGAGAUAGGUGUGCUUUCUUGAUGAGGCAUUUUAUAUUUGGUAUCAGGCUAGGCUAGGUUUGGGUUGUGAUUGUGGACUCUAAGAAAGGAUGGAAAUUGAAGCUUGUCAUGAAUUUUGUACAAAUUAUAAUUUUUGUGAGCGGAAUUUGUGGUGAAGAGGAGAAUGAGAGGAGGAAAAGAUGAAGAACACUUGAUAAGUCCUGUAUUUCCUAGGUUUCAUGUCAAUGAUACAGACAAAGGAGGGCCAAGACCACCUCCAAGGAACAAGAUGGCUCUCUAUGAGCAGUUCAGCAUCCCUUCUCAGAGUUUUACCUCUGGUUCAGCAUCCAUGUUGCCUCUUCCACACAAUGACAGAAGAUUGGUUCCACCCACAUCCUGGAGUGAUGUUAGCAGCAACGAAAGGAAUAUAUUGACCCCGCCUUGCAACUUCCUUGUUGUGCCUUCAGACCCGGCUGAGAAGAUUCAGUCUUAUGACCCUACUGGGGCUAACUUAAACACCAUGAUGGCAGAUUGUGAAAGGAUAUCCACCAAACCUUCAAAUUAUUUGAAUACCACAGGGCCAUCAUCAUCGGCAGCUAAAUAUGAUUCGUUUCAACCAAAAAAAACCUCCCACUUUAGGAACUUUUCUUUGGAGAAGUAUGGAAAUGAGGAUUAUCUUAAAGUCCCUUCCCCUUUCCAAGGAACAGCUCUGCAAUGUAGAAACAGUCAGCAAAGCAAAGAGAAGGAAAAGCUGCCUUGCUUGAGCUCCAUGGAGCAACUUAAAAGUUCUUGCAUUAAGAAAAUUAAUGGUAGUAACACCAUUGAUCUGAAGUUGAGGCAAUGUGGGAGAAACCAUGAAGAAGAGAACCCGAAAGUGUCUCAAACUAACGAGGAUCCUGUGGAAAGGUCUGUCUCUCUUGCUUUAGCUAUAGUGAAGGAUUUUGCGAAUACCUCAUCUAGCCCAUCAAAUACAGUAAAAAAUUCUGAAUCAUUGAAGCGGGCACAUGCAUCUCUGAGUCAAGAAAAUAGAAGUUCAGUGAAUGAUUUGAGCAAAUUAUGUAGUUCUAGUGCACGAUUGCAUAGAGAGUCUAUGACUGUGCAUGACAGAGUGGCCCUUAGGGAUGGCAUUUUGGUGCAAUCCAGAAUAGGAACAGCUAAGGAAAUUUCGUCAAAAGUGAGAGAGAAGUCAUGUUUGACACCAUCUCUUGUGGAUGACAAUAGAAUUUCUGGUGGGCUUGGAAAUGAAAAUGAAUGCUGUGAGGAGAAAUGCGGGGUUGCACAAGUUGGAAAUUUAUGCGGACAUGAAGAUAUCUCAGAUAUGUCCAUAAUGGACUGUAAUUCAGCUAUGGGUAUCUCCCCUCAUGAUGUUAUGGGAGUGAUAGGUGCAAAACAGUUCUGUGAAAUGAGAAAAGCUAUCGUCAGUCUAAGUCAACAAAGAGUUUUUGCAGUGCAAGUGUUUGAGUUGCAUAGGUUAAUAAAGGUGCAAAGAUUGAUUGCUGGAUCACCACACCUAUUGCUUGAAGACAAUGAUUUUCUAAGCAAACCUGCAAUUAAAGUACCUCCAGUGAAGAAGGUGCCAUUGGAGCAUGCUCUAGAGCUGCCACCCUUAAUUGUUAAACCCAAAGACCAUCCUCAGAAGCCACAUUCUAGUGGUGAAUGUGUUGAAGAAAAUGCAGUUGGGAAGUUCCCUCUACCUCCUGUCAACAAUAGAACCAGCAGCAGAGGACUUGUCACCCAGCAACCAUAUAGCAAACCAGCCCUAUGGUGUCUCCAACCCCCACCUGGAAAUAUGUGGUUUGUUCCAGUAACAUCCUCUUCUGAGGAACUCGCUUACCAGCCGUAUACCGGGCGAUGCGCUCCAACUGGAGGUUUCAUGGCACCGAUGUAUGGCAGCUGUGGCCCUGCGAGCCUAAAUCCAGGAGCCAGGGACUACUUAAAUGCAACUUAUAGCAAUCCAUCUUUGUAUCAACAAGGGAUGGGAAUUGGUACACCACCUUUGCUUCAGACAUGCUUUCCACCUUAUGGCAUGCCAAUCAUAAAUCCAUCUUUGUCCAGUUCAGCUGUUGAGAAUAUGACCCCAUUUUCUGGAGGUCAUUCAAAUUGGCACGAAAAUCAGUUAUCAUUCGGGGAAAUUAACUUCACCUUGCCACAUCAAAGCUCAUGUAACAUGUCAGGCCAGAUGAGCCAAGUAAUGCCAUGUUAUGUUGGGAACAUCCAAGCUUCGAAAGGGAGUGAGAUACAGGGAACAACAGCAAGUAGCCCUUCAGACAGGACCCUAGGCAAUGCGCUUCCCCUUUUUCCUACGGCUCCACAAUCUCAGGAACCUUGUAAAAGUGAGCAUCAGACACGUGCGAUCAAGGUUGUUCCUCACAAUACUAAAUCAGCAUCUGAAUCAGCAGCCCGGAUAUUCUUGUCAAUACAAGAGGAGAGGAAAUAAGUGGAGUUGAUUGACCUCAAAUCACUACAAUUAUGAGACGUAUAGAGCGGAAAACUAAUAUGUAUUAUAAUCUUUUUACUGUAUUAAAUGUUUGAUAUCUCUGUAUCUGUAAUCCAAUUAUUUUGUUAAUAAAAUGUAAAUGUGUUUUUGAAUA